GAGGAGCGGAGCAGGCGCGGCACCCCGCGCAGAUGGAGCCCAGCCCCGGGUGCCGCGACGCCAGGCCCGCUGUUACGCCGGUGGCGGCGGUGCUGCCGGCGGGCGGGAGCGGGGAGCGCCUGGGUGGCGCCACCCCCAAGCAGUUCUGCGCCGUGCAAGGGAGGCCGCUCGUCAGCUACACGGUGCGGGCCAUGGAGAGGAUAAGUUGGAUAGCCGACAUUAUUGUGGUGGUCUCUCCUGAAAAUAUUGAAAUAAUGAAGUCUAUCAUUGAAAGAUAUGGCCACAAAAGAGUUACGAUAGUAAAAGGUGGAAUAACUCGUCAUCGGUCAAUUUUCAAUGGACUGAAAGUAUUUGCAGAGAAUGAAUUUUCCAACCAUCUGCUCCAGAAACCAGAAGUAGUGAUUAUCCAUGAUGCUGUGAGGCCAUUUGUUGAAGAAGAUAUUCUUUCAAAAGUGGUUAUGGCUGCUAAAGAACAUGGGGCAGCAGGAGCAAUUCGUCCUCUAGUUUCUACUGUUAUUGCCUCUGCUGCAGAUGGCUGUUUAGACCACUCAUUGGAACGUGCUAGGUACAGAGCAAGUGAAAUGCCUCAGGCUUUCUUGUUUGAUAUAAUCUAUGAAGCAUACCGACAGUGUACAGACUAUGACCUGGAUUAUGGAACUGAAUGUUUACAUCUGGCUCUGAAAUACUGUAAAACAAAUGCCAAACUUGUUGAAGGAACAGCUGACCUCUGGAAGGUGACCUACAAGCGGGAUCUGUAUGCAGCUGAAUCGAUUAUUAAGGACAACCUAUCACAAGAAGUUUGUGUUAUUACCGAUGUGAGGGAAGCUGUUGCACAAGUAGGUUUUCUCCUUCAUGAAUGUCUGAAAAGCCAAAUAAAAGUUGAAGCUAUAUCAAUAUCUCUAAGCAAAAAUGAUAGCCAUCUACAAAACAUCUUUUCAGGACAGUGCUACAAUUUUGUUUGCGUAAAAGGUAAAAAGUAUGCCAUUCAAGAAACCCAGCAACUAGUAGAUAUGUUGGAAAAAUCAAAUAUUCCUCUGUUAUAUCCAGUUGUCCUUAUUUUGGUGCACUUGGAUAUUUCAGAAAAUAUUUCUUUCAGCAUUGGGAUGGAAGAACUGACUAGGAUCAAGAAAUUUGCAAGGGAAGUGAAAAAAAAAAAUAUUUUGGUUUAUGGUCUCCUUAUCCAAUAUAAGGACCAUUUGCUGCUUCAGGAGACAGUAAAUUCUGCUGCUGCUCUUAUCAUGGCAUUAAUAAAGGACAGAAACCCGGAGCUGAUUGGCCAGCUGUUGGUAGCAUGAGACCAUAAAUCAAGUGUAGCUUUUGGAAAUGUUUCUUUUUCAUCAUCCAUUCAACCAAAGGUCCUGAAUCAUUUUACCCUUUGAUGAAAACUCUGGAUUUAUGACAUUUACUGUUAAGAUCUUUUAACCACAUAUUUUUGAUACUUAAAAUACAAGUCUGAUAUUAUGUAUAAAGUAUAAAAUGAAAUACAGAUCAUUCUGAGAUACACUGGGUACAUACUAUGAGGAAUGAUACUGAAAUGUUUUUGUGAGGUACUGGUCAUGUAAAAAGGUGCAUAGAGGACACCAAAGCAUUCAUGCAGAAUUGUCUUUAACCCAUGUAUGUGUGUUGUACUCUCAGACUGCAUGAAUUAAAUUUUAUUUAAGAUAAAAUAA